GUGACAUUCACCGACCCGGUGUAGCCCCUUCGUGGCGGUGGCCAAUGGAAACAGCUGCGGUGGCUAAGAUGUUCGAUCGCAACUUUUUGUGAUAACUGCCGGAUUAGGUAUCGCAGCCAGCGAGCGAAUUUCAUCCUCGCGAUGAUGCUGGUGACGAUGCCCUUGCGAGAGAUAGGAUUGACCAGCGUCGGUCAGGAAGGCGAAGCCGUGCCCAAGAACCCUUCGAUACAAAAACUCAAAACCAGCAGCUCCCAUUCGAUCCACACGAACGGUUCCAACAAUCAGCUCGCCUCAAAUCAGAACAGCAUCACGCGUCAGAACUCGGCGAAUAACUCAUUCGCGGGUGAGCAGCUAGCCCAAGAAAUCGCUGUCGGGCGGAGAUGUUGUACAGAAAACUCUCGCAAAGUAGCCGCAGGCAUCGUCAUGACCGCACUUAUCGCGCUCAGUUGGGUAGGAGCUGCUCAUUGUCUAAAGCAAACCUACAACCGGCCGAGAAAUCGAACACGAUUAGUGGAAGACACCUCCGCGGACAACUCGACGGAAGCAGAAUUCAUACCGUUCGAUGCGCCAUUUUUCACAACAUGGCUCUGUACGGCGUUCAAUGUGCUUUUUCUUCCUGUGUUCCUCAUCGGGAGACAGUGUUGGUCCCGCGGCACCACGUGUCGAGUUAUAAUUGACACACUGCAGCGGUUCCAGGAAAAGCAACUUUCGUUCUCGCAGUUCUUCGCGCGAUGUGGUCUCUUCACCGUAAUGUGGAUCGUAACGAAUCUCCUUCUCGUAUUCGGGCUGCGGCUCCUAGACACAACCGAUGUCUUGGCAUUAUACUCGGCUCACGUAGCGUUUGUGUAUCUGCUAUCAUGGGUCAUCCUCCACCAACAGUUUGUUGGCGUCAGAAUCGUGGCUAUCAUUCUCGUAAACACGGGGGUGGCUCUCCUUGCCUAUAUGGAUGGUGUUUCGGGGACCACAACUCUCGUCGGAGUAGUGCUCUCAGCCACAGCGGCCGGCCUCUCCGGGGUCUACAAAGUCACUUUCAAGAAGCUCAUCGGUGAUGUGACAUUUGGUCAAUUGGCAAUGUUCUUCUCCCUAAUCGGUUUUCUGAACAUCGUCUUGCUCUGGCCUUUGGUGUUGUGCUCGUACCUUCUCAAUCUCGAGAACCUUGUAUGGGAGCAUAUGCCCUGGGGCUUGCUGUUCGGAGCCGGAGCGCUUUCGCUCACGGCGAAUUUGUUGGGGAACCUGGGAAUCGCUUGUACCUUCGAAAUGUUCCUUACGCUGGGAUUGGCGUUCGCGGUUCCGAUAUCUGCUAUCGUCGACAUCUAUAUGUAUGAGGUGGUAUUCCAGGGCAUGAAGUUGGCCGGCAUUCUUCUCAUUCUCCUAGGUUUCAUGUUGGUGCAGCUCCCAGACGACUGGCCCGACUACCUCACCAUGCUACUGCGAUACAGCAGACCCGGCGCCUCGAGACGCCACUCGAACCAGGAGAGCAAGGCGUCGUCGAUUCACGACAUGGCUACGGGCCACAGGUCGGGCCUGCGAACCGCAAGCGGGCGCGUUAAGUGAAGCCCUCUCGCGUCUUUCCGCCGGAAACAGGCCGUCUGACUCCCUGGAUGAAGCGACGAAUUCGUCCCGGUGCUUUCGGGAUAGAACGAGCUCCUCGCUGAGCCAAGCAUCGCUUCACUUCCAACUUGAGAAUUGAGAAGUCCUCUGCGAGACUUGAACCGAGAAUCUCAAGUGACAGGAUCAACUAUCUCUAUUCAAUCACGGAUGUCUCUCCCUGUCCCUGCAUUCAAUCGGAGAGAA